UUUCCCCCCUUAAGCUCUGAGACUACUACAUUUGCACGGGACAGAGAGAGAGAGAGAGAGAGAGAGAGACUGAGACGGCAGCUGCAUUACUAUAUUGAAAAGCAGAGAAAGAAAGAAUUCCAGUAUCCCCUCCUCCUGAUUCAUCAAUAGAAGUAUAUAAAAGUUUCAGAGAUGGUGAGGGCUCCAUGCUGUGAAAAAAUGGGACUCAAGAAAGGGCCAUGGACUCCAGAAGAAGACCAGGUUCUGGUCUCCCACAUUCAGAAAAAUGGCCAUGGAAAUUGGAGGGCUCUUCCAAAACAAGCUGGGCUCUUAAGAUGUGGGAAGAGUUGCAGACUUCGUUGGACAAACUACUUGAGGCCAGAUAUAAAGAGGGGGAAUUUCAGCAAGGAGGAAGAAGACACUAUCAUCAAGUUACAUGAAACGCUUGGGAACAGAUGGUCUGCAAUUGCAGCUAGACUCCCGGGCAGAACAGACAAUGAAAUAAAAAAUGUCUGGCAUACCCACUUGAAGAAAAGGCUCAAAAAUCAUCAGGCUACUUCUCAGGACAUCAAGAAACAGUCUACCCAAGUUCAAAGAUCAGAUCCCAGAACUCCAGUGAAAAUUGAUGAUCAGCCUGAUGAAUCCAAUUUCACUGAUGAUCAUCAUCACCAAGAUGGAAAAGUUACUACCAGCCUCGGAUGUGCCCCGGUGUCACCACAACAUUCCUCUAGUGAACUCUCAACAGUGACAGAGAACGAUUCGGCGGCCAUCAAGCAAGAAAAAAUGGACUCGCCAGAGUAUUUUCCUCAAAUUGAUGAAAGCUUUUGGUCAGAGGAAUUCCCAGUAGACAAUGCAAAUGUGCAAUCAGGAAUUCAUGAUGGCCUGGCCACUAAUGACAUGCAAUUUCAAUUUCCAUUAUCUCCUGUGGCUGCUAGUGAUGAAGAUGUCAAUGCCUACAUUUCAAAUUUUGAUGAUGGCAUGGACUUUUGGUACGAUCUAUUCAUUAGAGCUGGGGAAUUACCUGAUUUACCAGAGUUUUAAGUAAGAGGGCUCUUCUGGUUGUGUAGCAUAUUUUUAGAUUGAGAAGUUGGAAUUCUUUUUAUCUAGCUGACGUUUUUGACCAUUAACAUGGGUGGGGGGCACAAACAACAAAUUCCUAGGUGGGACAAUGUUGUUGUAUCAGGACUCCUCCAUACCACUGAAUCUUGAUCCAAUUAGGAAACUGUACGUGAGCAGCCAUGGGAAAAGCCAAAGUGGGAGAAAGAAAUAAAGACCCUGAAUUAGGAAUUUUAGUUUGUACACAUUUAAAUUGCAGGACUUAGGUUACGUCAACUUAAAGGGGUGUUGAGAAAAAAAGAGAGUCUUGACAAAUCUGUUUUACCAUAUUGGAUCCUCAUUUGGCUUUCUCAGCUGAGUGCUAUGAUCACAUGAAUGUUGUAGAACUUUUGUAAUUUUAUAGUCAUUAUGACUAUGAUGAUGAUGAUGAUGAUGGAAAAUACUUUAUUAAUUACCCAGCAUUUUAUUUGAUUUGCAAAUAA